GUCCGCCUUCAGUUGCAUUUUGUCAGCGGUUUCGUGACGAAGCUCCAAGCGGUUUAAAACUUCAAUCAAUUAAAACCGUUUUCAAGUCAAAUAAAAUAAAAAGAAGAGAAAAAAAACGCCAUCAAGUGUCCCAAACAAUUACCACUACUACGAUUUUUUUUCGAGUGAUUGUUUCGCGGGGAGUGGCGGCGGAAAUCAACAAGGAAAUCCAAGGAAAAAAUAUACAAAACUUGCCAGGCAAAUGGGCCAAGAGGAUCAGGAACUGUUGAUACGCGGUGGCAGUAAACACACCUCCGCCGAGCAUCUGAAUAAUGCUGAUGGUGGCGCCACAUCACAGAGUUGCAUUAAUCAGGGCUUUGGCCAGACGAAGAACUACGGCACUCUCCGGCCGCCAAGUCCGCCAGACGGCUCCGGAUCCGGCACCGUCGACGGCCAACUGGCCGAGAACUUGACCUAUGCCUGGCAUAAUUUGGAUAUUUUUGGAGCCGUAAACCAGCCCGGAUCCGGAUGGCGUCAGUUGGUGAAUCGAACACGUGGCUUGUUCUGCAACGAGCGACACAUUCCAGCGCCCAGAAAGCACUUGCUGAAAAAUGUUUGCGGCGUGGCCUAUCCGGGUGAACUGUUGGCCGUAAUGGGCAGUUCUGGUGCCGGAAAGACGACCCUCUUGAAUGCCUUGGCCUUCCGCUCGCCGCAGGGCAUCCAGGUCUCGCCAUCCGGAAUGAGAUUGUUGAACGGCCAGCCCGUGGAUGCCAAAGAGAUGCAGGCCAGGUGCGCCUAUGUCCAGCAAGAUGACCUCUUCAUUGGCUCUUUGACGGCCCGGGAGCACUUGAUCUUUCAGGCCAUGGUGCGUAUGCCCCGGCACUUGAGUUACCGCCAGCGUGUGGCCCGCGUCGACCAGGUGAUUCAGGAGCUGUCGCUGAGCAAGUGCCAGCACACGAUCAUCGGAGUGCCGGGCCGGGUCAAAGGUCUGUCGGGUGGGGAGCGGAAGCGACUGGCCUUCGCCUCGGAGGCUCUCACCGAUCCACCAUUGCUGAUCUGCGACGAACCCACCUCCGGCCUGGACUCCUUCACCGCCCACAGUGUCGUCCAGGUGCUGAAGAAACUCUCCCAGAAGGGCAAGACGGUCAUUCUGACGAUCCAUCAGCCCUCCUCCGAGCUGUUCGAGCUCUUUGACAAAAUCCUUCUAAUGGCCGAGGGCAGGGUGGCCUUUUUGGGGACACCCAGUGAAGCGGUGGACUUUUUCUCCUACGUCGGCGCCCAAUGUCCGACCAACUACAAUCCGGCUGAUUUUUAUGUUCAAGUUCUGGCGGUAGUGCCGGGCCGUGAAAUAGAAUCCCGUGACAGGAUUGCCAAGAUCUGUGACAAUUUCGCCAUUAGUAAAGUGGCCCGGGAUAUGGAGCAGCUGUUGGCCACCAAGAAUUUGACGCAACCAUUGGAGCAACGUGAAAAUGGAUAUACCUACAAGGCAACCUGGUUUAUGCAGUUUCGGGCGGUGCUUUGGAGGUCAUGGCUGUCGGUAUUAAAGGAGCCAUUGCUGGUCAAAGUGCGACUCAUUCAGACAACGAUGGUGGCCAUUUUAAUUGGCCUAAUUUUUUUGGGCCAACAACUGACGCAGGUGGGCGUGAUGAACAUCAAUGGAGCCAUAUUCCUCUUUCUGACAAACAUGACCUUCCAGAAUGUCUUUGCCACCAUUAAUGUUUUCACCUCGGAACUUCCGGUCUUUAUGAGGGAGGCCAGGAGUCGCCUUUAUCGCUGCGAUACCUACUUCCUGGGCAAGACCAUCGCCGAACUGCCGCUAUUCCUUACCGUACCGCUCGUUUUCACGGCCAUUGCCUAUCCGAUGAUUGGCCUCCGGGCCGGUGUCCUGCACUUCUUCAACUGCUUGGCCCUCGUCACCCUGGUGGCCAAUGUCUCCACGUCCUUCGGCUACUUGAUAUCCUGUGCCAGCUCCUCGACAUCGAUGGCCCUGUCAGUGGGUCCACCUGUUAUUAUACCCUUCCUGCUAUUUGGUGGAUUCUUCCUGAAUUCGGGUUCGGUGCCGGUGUACCUGAAAUGGUUGUCUUACCUCUCAUGGUUCCGUUACGCCAACGAGGGACUCCUCAUCAAUCAGUGGGCGGACGUAGAGGCAGGCGAGAUAUCCUGCACAUCCUCAAACACCACGUGUCCCAGCUCGGGGAAGGUUAUCCUGGAGACGUUGAACUUUUCGGCCGCCGAUCUGCCGCUGGACUAUAUCGGCUUGGCCAUACUGAUUGUGGGCUUCCGAGGAUUCGCCUAUCUGGCCUUGAGGCUACGGGCCCGACGCAAGGAGUAGCCGGAGACCAUCCUGUAGUUAAUUUUUUUUUUAUUAUAAUAAUUAUUAUUGUGUUUAUUGUUUUGCUGCCCCCACAAAAAAAAAUAAUAAGAAAAUCAUUAUUUACAGAAGAAAUAAAUUCAAUUUUUUAACAAAACAUAACAUGCUUUCGGUUUAGUAACAAAUCUACUUCUAUAACCGACACUUGUCUAUAUACUUCAAAUCAAUAUACAUACUCACCACCACCGACUGAGCGAAACCCACCACCUGAAACGGCAAACUCACCACUUUGCGGCCAGUUCAUUUUGCUCGAUGACCUUGGAGCUGAGCAGUUGGGUUCUUAAGUUCUCAGUUCAUUUGGUUCCAAUCAACACCAAAGAUGAUUAUAUAGAUAUGAGACGGUAUUUGUUCACUAUAGUUUUCUGAAAAAAAUCUGUUGCAUAUACAAUAACAAUAACAAAAAG